AUGUCAUUCGCUAACAUCUACACCCACCGAAAGGUAGCUGAGAAUGCCGCCAAGGGAUGUGACGUAUGCUAUCGAGCUACGAGUAGCGUUCUCGUUGCCGACGAGAAGAAGGACUUCUUCUACGUUUGCCCGAGCCAUUUGAAGGACAAGAAUUUCUGCUCCCCGAUCAUUGACAAAGAGGCGGUCGAAGCAAAGAAGAAGAAGGAGAUGGAAGACGAAAUUGAGCGGGUCAAGAAGGAAUACGAAGAGAAGCAGAAGAAGAAGGAGAAGGACGAGAAGGACAAGAACACGGACAAGGAGAAAGACAAGGAGAAGGAGAAAGAGAAAGACAAGGACGAAAAGAAGGCUGACGAUGAGAAGAAGGAUGACGACAGCAAGGCUGCCGAAAAGGACGGUGCCGGCACGGAAACUCCAUCCACGGAAGAAGAGCCCCGAGUAUUCGCGCUCCACAAGAACUUCUAUGGAAUGAGGCUCGAAAAAAAGCGCCAGAUGGAGAUUGCCAAGAGGAACCGGGAGCGUCUCCAACAGCCCAACUUCUUUCCCUCGGUCCCCAAAGGCGCCCCAGGUAGCUAA